UUGGAUAACAAGAAAACAAUAUUAUUAUUUUGAUUAAUACAUAAAAUAAAUAAAAAAAACAUCAUUAUAUCCUGUUCUUCCCCAAAAUCUUAUAUAACACAACACAAAAAUGAGCUUAUUAUGGUUGGGCAGAUUCAGUGGUCUUGCUAAAGAAUCAAUAAAUCGAGCUGCCAUUUUCGCCAAAUUCCUUUGCUUACUCCACGUCACCAAUACUUACAUCUUUUCCCCAACCCUUGUAUAUGGACCAAGUAUGUUGCCAACCUUAAAUUUAACAGGGGAUGUUGUACUGUCGGAAUUUAUAUCACAUAGGAUAGGGAAAGUGGGACCGGGUGAUGUUGUGUUAGUACAAUCCCCUGAAAACCCAAGAAAAAUGAUAACUAAAAGAAUAUUGGCAAUGGAAGGCCAAAGCGUUUCCUUUUUGGUUAAUCCGAACCGCGGUGAUAGAUCCCAUACUCUUGUGGUACCAAAGGGACAUGUAUGGAUUCAAGGGGAUAACAUUUAUGCAUCUAAAGAUUCUCGAAAUUUUGGUCCGAUUCCUUAUGGACUUAUUCAGGGCAAAGUUUGUUGUAGGGUGUGGCCGAUAGACGGUUUUGGAUUCUUAUGAUAUUAAGAGUACUAAGAUAUUAAGCACAGAAUGGGAGUUCUUAAAGGUAUCACUUCUAUCCAUCAUGCUUCUUAGGAUAUGCAGCACAAUUCGAGAUAGAUUGUAGAGCGAAUAGAGUAUAAGAAUGGGAAUAAACAAAAUGUGAAGCUGUAUAUUUGAAUUUGAUUUUGUUAAUGAUGAUUAAUAGAUCUUUCAAUGUUCCUAACUGCAUAUAUAUACUCCGGAGUAUUUGAUAUUCAUUCUUAGUCAUAUAAUUGUGAAA